AUGUCGGUUCCUCCUAUUUCUCAAGAUGCGUUGGACUUGAUCGGAAACACUCCAUUGAUCAAGUUGAACAAAAUUCCUCAGUCCUUGGGCAUCAAGGCCCAGGUUUACGCCAAGGUUGAGCUUUUCAACCUGGGUGGUUCUAUUAAAGAUAGAAUUGCCAAAAACAUGGUUUUGGAGGCAGAAAAGACCGGCAGAAUCAAGCCUGGUUACACCCUUAUUGAGCCCACCUCUGGUAACACUGGUAUUGGUUUGGCCUUGGUCGGUGCUGUGAAGGGCUACAGAACCAUCAUUACUUUGCCAGAGAAGAUGUCAAACGAGAAGGUGUCUGUGUUGAAGGCCUUGGGUGCUGAGAUCAUUAGAACCCCAACUGAGGCUGCCUGGGACUCCCCUGAGUCUCAUAUUGGUGUUGCCAAGAAGUUGGAGAAAGAGAUUCCAAACUCUGUCAUCUUGGACCAAUACUCCAACGAAGCAAACCCAGGUGCUCACUACUACGGUACUGGUUUCGAGAUCUGGGAGCAGACAAAAGGUAAGGUGACUCACCUUGUAGCUGGUGCUGGUACUGGAGGUACCAUCAGUGGUAUCUCCAAGUACUUGAAGGAGAAGAACCCAGAUGUGCAAGUGAUUGGUGCUGAUCCUAAGGGUUCUAUUUUGGCUCAGCCAGAAUCUUUGAACGAUUCUACUGAGGGCUACCUCGUUGAGGGUAUCGGAUACGAUUUCAUUCCUGAAGUUUUGAACAGAAAGUUUGUUGAUAAGUGGAUCAAGACUGACGACUCCGAGUCGUUCAAGUUGGCCAGAAGAAUCAUCAGAGAAGAAGGUAUUCUUGUUGGUGGUUCUUCCGGUUCCGCUUUGCAGGCUGUUGCUGAGAUUGCCAAGGAUUUGACUGAAGACGAUACUGUGGUUGUUGUCUUCCCAGACUCCAUCAGAUCAUACUUGUCGAAGUUUGCCGAUGACGAGUGGAUGACCACCAACGGUUUCGAGAUCGAGAGCAACAACUCCGUUGCUGCCAAGACCGACGAUUUCUUUAACAAAAAGACUGUUAAGGACUUGGUGGAAGGUAAGCCUCCUGUGGUUACUGUGACCUUGGCUGAUACCGUUGGAAAGACCUUUGAAUUGUUGCAAAGCAACGGCUUCGACCAAUUGCCAGUAUUGAGUCUGUCUGGCAAGUUGAUCGGUUUGAUCACCUUGUCUAAAAUCUUGAAGUCGUUGUCCACGAACAAGGUGCAGAUGACCAACUCAAUUAGAAGUAUCUUCUUGGAUUUCAGAAAGUUGGCCGACUUUGAGAAGUCUUUCUCUAUCACUAAGGAGUCCGGUUUCACCAAGAAGUCUUACGAAGCCAUCACCUUAGACACUCCAUUGCACUUGUUGAACAAGUUCUUCGAGACACAUUCCAACGCUAUCAUCACUGAUGCCGAGUUGAAGCCUGUCCAGAUUGUCACCAAGGUUGACUUGCUCUCCUACUUGACCAAGAACGUGUCGUACUAA